AUGACCGACGGAAACAACAAAAUCUCAUCGGAAAAUAACGAAGAGGGAGGAUCUGCACCGAAACGUCAAAGAAUUGAAACAGAGAAUGCCGAGAACAAUGCAAAUGAUCAACAUCCAUUGACGCUUCGAAUGAUGUGCAAUACAUGUCAAGAAGUGUUGGAAAAACAGAAAAAUAUCGAACAUUUUAACACAGAAAUCGUCGAUGAGUUGCGCUCCGUCAAAAGCGAGCUUAAGCUCGAGCUUCAAUUGAUUCGAGACGAUUUGAAACCGAAAACAGUGAUAGCAGCAGUUCCGAUGAAAGCCGAUAGCAAGGAUACAACUGCUUGGAACUCUGAAAACAAGAGUGCUACCAUGCCGACUACUGGAAAAUACUUCGUGCUAAAACAUGUCUUUAAGAAUGUCUCGAAUAUGAAGGAAGAUGAAUAUCGGUUGUCAGAAGCGGAAGAACACUUUGGAAUUGAAUGGUAUUAG